AUGGCCACCGAUGUAACACCCAUCUCCGACGCAGACGGUCAUUUUCGUCGCAAGGACUCUGUCUUCCGCUCCUUCGUCUCUGCCUCGCCAUCUGCCGACUUCCCUGCCGAAGCCAACCGGUACGUUCUCUACAUCAACCUCGGAUGUCCGUGGGCGCAUCGCACGAACAUCGUGCGGUCCUUGAAGGGGCUCGAAAGCAUCAUCCAGCUCGUGCAAGUCGGUCGCGGGGUGGGUCCGAACGGAUGGGAAUUUACAGGCACCGAGGGGUCAGCCGAAAAGGAUCCGCUGUAUGGCUUCAAGUAUCUCAAGGAGCUGUACCUCAAGGCCGACCCGGACUACGACGGCCGAUAUUCAGUACCAGUCCUGUGGGAUAAGAAGAAGGAGACCAUUGUCAACAAUGAAAGCAGCGAGAUCAUCCGCAUGUUCUACACCGAAUUCGACCAUCUGCUUGCUCCCGAAUUUCGCGAAGCCCACAGCAGCAAUGGAGGGGGAUUGUAUCCCGCGCAUCUCCGCAGCGAAAUCGACGAGAUGAACGAAUGGGUGUAUAACAAAAUCAACAACGGCGUAUACAAAUGCGGGUUUGCGGCGACGCAAGAAGCGUAUAAUCAGAAUGUAUACCCACUCUUCGAAGCGCUGGAUCGAGUUGAGAAGCAUCUGGGGGAGGCGGGGCAUCAGCCGUACUUAUUUGGCGAACACAUCACGGAGGCAGAUAUCAGGUUGUAUGCGACGAUCAUUCGGUUUGAUGUUGCUUAUUACCCAGUUUUUAAAUGCAAUAUCAAGAUGAUCCGUCACGACUAUCCCCGUAUUCAUAGAUGGUUGCGGUUGUUGUACUGGGAUGAGUCCGAGAAGACUCGGGGCGGAGCAUUUAAGAAGACGACCGCGCUGGAUUUGUAUAAACGGGGCUAUCUCUUCGCUGUGGCCAAAUUUACUGGACUCGGAAAUCUGAUUGAGUCGGCUGGUCCACUGCCUGCGAUUCUUCCAUUGGAUUAA